AUCAUUGAAUUUUGGAUCUAGUCCUAAUUUCUGCAUCUCGUGGAACAGGAAACGUUAUUGCCAUUAAAAUUUGCCAAAGAAUUCAAAACAAUGGCUGCACUCAUUUUUGGAUUACUAGUUUUAUCUUCGAUCUCUGCUACGUUUUGCAAUGUUAUUUAUUAUCAACCUGAAGCUGUGCAUCUUUCCUAUGGAGAUAACAUCCAUGAUAUUGUUGUGACCUGGAGCACUAGGGACGACACAGAAGAAUCCAUAGUUGAAUAUGGCAUUGGAGGAUUUAUUCUCUCUGCUGCAGGAAAUUCCACACUAUUUAUUGAUGGUGGAAACGAAAAACAAAAGCAAUAUAUUCAUAGAGUAUGGCUAAAGAAUUUAACACCCAACAGCGAAUAUAUGUACCACUGUGGUAGCAAAUAUGGAUGGUCGAAUGCCUUCUACGUGAGAACUGCCCCAGAGGAUUCUACAGCUUGGUCACCUCAAAUAGUUAUCUUCGGUGACAUGGGGAAUGAGAAUGCUCAAAGUUUGUCGAGAUUACAGGAAGAGGCACAACGUGGACUAUACGAUACAGCAAUUCAUGUUGGGGAUUUUGCGUAUGACAUGAACACAGACAAUGCACGUGUUGGUGAUGAAUUCAUGAAGCAAAUAGAAGGAGUCGCUGCUUAUUUACCUUAUAUGACAGUACCUGGAAAUCAUGAAGAACGUUACAAUUUUAGUAACUAUAGGUCUCGUUUUACGAUGCCUGGCGAUAGCGAAGGUUUAUGGUAUAGUUUUAACGUAGGACCCGUGCACUUCAUUGCCAUAGAGACAGAAGCUUAUUAUUUUAUGAACUAUGGUAUCAAACAAGUGGUUAAACAGUAUCAGUGGCUAGAGAAGGAUUUAAAAGAAGCCAAUAGUCCUGAGAACAGGGCACAAAGACCCUGGAUAGUGACAUUCGGUCACAGGCCAAUGUACUGCAGUAAUGCAAAUGCAGACGAUUGUACAAAUCACCAAACUCUCGUCAGAGUUGGAUUGCCAUUUUUAAAUUGGUUUUCGCUCGAAGACCUCUUUUUUAAAUAUAAAGUAGAUUUAUUACUAUGGGCUCACGAACACAGUUAUGAACGUAUGUGGCCCAUGUAUAAUUUUAAGGUAGAAAAUGGUACUUACGAAGAACCGUAUAAGAAUUACAAGGCACCUGUACACAUAGUAACUGGAUCGGCCGGAUGCAAGGAGGGUAGAGAAAAGUUCGUCCCGCAUAAACCAGAAUGGUCUGCAUAUCGUAGUUCAGAUUAUGGUUACACAAGGAUGAAGGCAUACAAUCAGACUCAUCUAUAUCUUGAACAGGUGUCUGAUGAUAAGGAUGGUGCUGUAUUGGAUCAAGUUUGGCUCAUAAAGGACGAUAUUUUCCCGGUGUACAAUAUAGAUAACCUUGCAUAGAAAGAAUAAUAGAGCACAAUUUAGGAUAAAAUAAUGGAAAUAAUGCCAUAGACAUAUCGUUUUAGUUACCAUUUUUUCUUGUUCGACAAUUGUACCAUCCUGUUUUAUGGUAAAUAGCAAAAUUUUAUAGCUAUAAACUUCAAACAAUCGACUUUUAAUUCUAUCAUUAAAAAUUCUCCCUGUUCCCUCUCGCAUCGAAACGAAUAAACUACAAAUGUUUGCUAAUUGCAAAUGAGAUGGAAAUUAAUAAUGCGUACGUACAAUAUAAUCCUUUAAUUGUUAAAAU